GACAAGGAGUCACAGACUAGUUCAGAAAAAUGGGUUGCCGGAAAACCAAACUAGCCCUUCUAUUAUGUCUCUGGGCAUCCAUUUCCGGCUUGUGUCUCUGUCUUUCAAGGGAGUUUUCCAUAGUGGGUUAUGACUCGGAGGAGUUAUUGUUAUCGGAAGAACGAGUUGCCGAUGUGUUCAGGCAAUGGAGGGAGAAGCAUGGAAAGGUUUAUAAGCAUACAGAGGAGCUACAGAGGAGAUUCGAGAGCUUCAAGAAGAAUCUGAAAUAUGUAAUGGAGAAGAACUCGAAGAAGAGAAAAUCUGGGUCCGGGCAUGUUCUGGGAUUAAACAAGUUUGCAGAUUUAAGUAACGAGGAGUUCAAGGAAGUGUAUUUGUCUAAGGUGAAGAAGCCGAUGGAUAAGAAGAGUGGUACCAAAUGGGGGAGUAGGAAGGGGAAGUUGAUGUCAUGUGAAGCGCCUUCGUCUUUAGAUUGGAGGAAGAAAGGAGUGGUGACUGCUGUGAAGGACCAAGGAGAUUGUGGGAGUUGUUGGUCAUUCUCUUCAACUGGAGCCAUGGAAGGUAUAAAUGCCAUAGCUACCUCUGAACUCAUCAGCCUUUCAGAACAGGAACUUAUAGAUUGUGAUACAACCAAUGAGGGGUGCGAAGGAGGUUACAUGGACUAUGCUUUUGAGUGGGUUAUUAGUAAUGGUGGAAUUGAUACAGAGACGAGCUAUCCUUAUACAGGAACCGAUGGAACCUGCAACGCCACUAAGGAGGAAAUCAAAGUAGUGAGCAUUGAUGGAUAUGAAGAUGUAGCUGAAGAAGAAAGUGCUGUACUUUGCGCUGUUGUUCAGCAACCUGUGAGUGUGGGGAUUGAUGGCUCAGCCUGGGAUUUUCAACUAUACACAGGGGGGAUCUAUGAUGGGGACUGCUCGAGCAAUCCAGAUGAUAUUGACCACGCAGUCUUGAUUGUGGGUUAUGCCUCAGAAGGCGAUGAGGAGUACUGGAUAGUGAAGAAUUCAUGGGGAACUAGUUGGGGAAUAGAUGGGUAUAUAUACAUAAGGAGGAACACUGAUUUGGAGUAUGGGGUUUGUGCAAUCAAUGCCAUGGCUUCUUAUCCAACCAAAGAAUCUGUUACACCUUCACCAUCUCCUUUCCCAUCUCCGGCUGUUCCACCACCGCCACCGCCACCAUCCCCACCACCACCUCCACCACCACCACCACCUUCACCAACACCUCCUUCUCCUGGUCCUUCACCAAGUGAGUGUGGAGACUACUCCUAUUGUCCAGCCACAGAGACUUGCUGCUGCAUUUAUGAGUUUUAUGGUUACUGCCUCAUCUAUGGUUGCUGUGAGUACGAGAAUGCCGUAUGCUGUACUGGAACUGACUAUUGCUGCCCUGAAGACUAUCCCAUUUGUGACGUCGAUGAUGGACUCUGCCUCCAGAACUAUGGAGAUUACCUGGGAGUAGCUGCGAAGAAACGAAAGAUUGCAAAGCACAAGUUCCCAUGGACCAAACUGGAACAGACAGAAAAACCAUAUCGACCUCUCCAGUGGAAGAGGAAUAGAUUUGCAGCAUUGCAGUGAAUAGGAUAGUGUAUCAUGGA